AUGGCCAGUACGUUACCGUCGUACUUCAAAAAUCUGUCCCUGCUGAGUGCUCAAGCCAAAAGAGCCACAGCCAGCGCCAGUGCCCAGAACACCAGUACCAGCAGUCAAGCACCUGGAAUUGACGUCCAGCAGCUGCUGACAAUGCACACCGCAACUCAGCAACAAACACAGCAGUUGCUGUCAGCCAUUGGGAAGCACACCAGCACGGUUGGCCAGCUGGCGGCCAACUCGGCACAGCCUGCACAGAGUGCUCAUGGAUCUGUGAAAUUGCCCGUGCUCACAAUCAGGAAGUUUGAUGGUGACAUACUUCAUUUCACUGAGUUCAUUGACAUGUUUCAAUCUGCGAUCGGUACAAAUCAAAGCCUGUCUGCCGUACAGAAACUGUCGUAUUUGAGAAGUCAUUUGACAGGCAUGGCCCUGGAUGUUAUUGCCGGUAUUCCCACCACCGAUUCAAAUUACCCCGUGGCGUUAGGAAUAUUGAAGGAUCGCUUUGGCAAGAAGGAUGCCAUCAUCGCAGCCCGAUACCGCGCAAUUACCGAAAUGCCAGCGCCAUCAAAUAAACCUCACAUGUUGCGGAGAUUUUACAACGAGGUGGAGGCUAAUUUGCGCUGUUUGCAAGCGGAAGGUCAAAGUGUGCAACAGGAACUGCUGAUUCCUGUCAUCACUUCCAAGUUACCAAAGUGCGUCAUCGUACAACUUGAGACACAGAAACCCCACAAUCAGAGUUGGACUGUUGAUGAGCUGCGGAAACAGCUGGGAAUCUACCUGGAGGUCCGUGAAUCGGCCGAGCGACUGGCAGGAGACACAGCCAGCAAACUAGAGAGCACUCUGCCACGACCACCGCCUGUUUCCGCACAGCCUCAUGCUGCCUACUCCCAACCUCCGGCCACGGCAGCCACGUUAGUUAGAUCUGUGCGGCGCGCCACUCCGAGAUGCUUCUUCUGCAAGUUGCAACACUUCUCGGACACCUGCCCAACGUUCAACACGGUUUCUACCAGACAGCAGCAGCUACAAGACCACUGCUUUGUGUGUUUACGGAAGGGACAUUGGGCAAAGGACUGUACUGCUAGAAGACCCUGCUAUCACUGCAAUCGGUUGACCCAUCACCGUGCCCUGUGCCCUCAGAAAUUUGGCUCAUCACCAGUGUCAGCUGCCGCAAGUACCUUCUAUCCUACUCAGCAGCAGCAAGGGCCACAGAAACAUACUACCGCUACGGUGCACGUCCAGUCCAAAGGUGUGAAUCUCCCAACCGCCAUCGCAACUGUCGCCGGGCAAGGCAACAUCUCAGACUGCCGACUGUUGUUUGACACCGGCUCAACUCGCACAUUUAUUCAUGAAUCGUUAGCUGCCUCUGUCAACGCAGCUGUUGUCGGUGAAGACGUGUUGUCCAUCGCUAGUUUUGGAUCUGCGUCCCAGCGAACGGUCACCUUGCCGAGAGUGGAGUUUUCCCUCCUAUGUCGAGAUGGAUCAGCCUUGCCCGUAACCGCCAAUGUUAUGCCGUGGAUUUGUUGUCCUGUUGUCAAAUCCCCAAUCGACAUCGACCAGUACCCUGAAGUCAAGAACAUCCAACUAGCUGACACCAUUGUCACCAAGCGUGAGGAGGUAGAAAUUGACCUCCUUAUCGGCACGGAUUUCUACUUCUCCAUCAUGGGUAACGGUCACAUCCAACUCAACAAUGGCCUGGUCUUGCUGAACUCCAAAUUGGGAUUUGUCCCAGCAGGCCCUACUGACACAGAGACAGAUGACACUGCGGGCCACAUAAUGCUCACAGAUGCUACCACCUUGCCAGACCCAGUAUUUGAUCUCCAACGUUUCUGGCGACUUGAAGAUAUUGGUAUCACCGAUGACAUCAGUGAUCCGCAGACAGCGGACGACAUUGCCCUGGAACACUUUCGCAGCUCCUUGCAACUGAUCAACGGCCGAUAUAUGGUAUCUUGGCCAUGGAAAGAUAGCCAUACUCCACAACCUAAUCUACCAGAGAACUACGAGCUCGCCUCGGCCGUCUCAAAUCCUUAG